GGGGCGGGGAGGAUCAAGAAGUAUAUAAAGGCUGAAGCUCGGCCCAUCACCACAGUCCAGCCAAGACAUCAGAAGCAACAUGUUCUCGAAGUUGGUGUUGUGUGUCGUAGUGGCGGUGGCGGCCGCGGCGCCCCAGGGGUACGGGCCACCUCCACCAUCCUACGGCGCCCCCUCAGGUCCUGUUGUGCCCAUCCUGAAGGACGAUCGUCAGGGACCUGACCAGGCCGGCAACUACAACUUCAACUUCGAGACUGGUGACGGCAUCAAUCGUCAGGAGCAGGGCGCCCCUCAGGGCCCAGCUGGGGCCGUGGCAGCUCAGGGAGGAUGGUCGUUCACCUUCCCUGACGGCACCCCCGCAAACUUCAAGUUCGUAGCUGACGGUGCUGGCUACCGCGCGGAGUCUCCCCUGAUUCACCCUCUCCCCCCACACGCCAUCGCCCAGAUCGAGAAGGCUCGCCUGGAAGACGCUGCCGGCGGUCCCCGACCCCAGUACGGCGCUCCUCCUCCCAGACCAGGAUACAACUAAACCAUCGCCAACUUCACCCACUCGUCUUCCUCAACACUGACUAGUCCUCUCCCACAGUCACACAACACAAGCUGUUGCCCUCCAUGUUUUUACUACCGGUUGGCGAUGGCUUCAGUCACAUGUUGGAUGUGACUCACAUCGAAGUUGCUACUUUGGAUCUUCGAGUGUGGUCCAACGCUUACAAAGCCGUCUGCGAUACUUUUGACAUAAAAAUGGUCUUAUAUAUUCCUUUGGUUCAUCAUUCUUUGUUAUGGAUACAAAGGUUCAAUCAUGGUCAUCUUUGUCCUUUUUUGCCUUCUAUGGAUAAUACUGAGGAUCCCGAAGGACUUCUUCCUUAAUAUACCAUUGUGGUCCUUCCACAAAGGACUUCUUUAGACAUCUGUGGCGCAGUGCGGCUUUACUCUUCAUCUUCCUCUCAUCUUCAUAUCUUGGGUAAAGUUCAUAUGCUUAUUUAUUUUCAAUUGAAAAUUCUGUGUAAUUUUCCCAAUAAAAGUCAAACAAAU